AUGUCUGCAAAAUAUGAUUUUACUGGUAAAAAAGCACUUGUUACUGGCGCUAGUAGAGGUAUUGGUUAUGCUAUAGCAGAAGCACUGUCAAAAGCUGGUGCCGAAGUCGUGGCACUAGCACGAGAUCAAGCUAAACUUGCGGAGCUUCGAUCGAAGGCAAGAUUUACUCUACCAUUGCCGAAUCUGAAUCUUUGUCUUCAGCACUCCAAUAUCUCCGUCGUAGUUGGGGACGUUACUUCAUCCGAGUCGACGCUAACAACUUUACUGACACCUUAUCAACCUUUUGACUUUCUUGUCAACAAUGCCGGCUGCGGGUUUCUCGAAUCGGUUAGAAACCUGAGUGAGGAAGCAGUUACGAAGACUUUAGAUGUCAAUCUGAAGGCGCCAAUAAUGCUUACAAAAAUUGUGACGUCAGAUAUGGCACGUAAUCAUAUACGAGGUGCAGUAGUCAACAUCUCAUCACAAGCAUCCAUGCGUCCAUUGGAAGAUCAUACUGCUUACUGUGCAAGCAAAGCUGGACUUGACAUGGCUACACGAUGUUUUGCCAAAGAGUUGGGAAAUUUUGGGAUCCGGAUCAACUGCGUCAAUCCGACAGUGGUAAUGACUGACAUGGGAAAAAAGGCUUGGAGUGAUCCUAAUAAAUCUGGUCCUCUUCUCUCACAGAUGCCAAUCAGCAGAUUUGCAGAAGUGCAGGAGGUUGUCAAUGCUGUUCUGUAUUUGCUUAGCGAUGCGUCUUCUAUGACUACUGGGCUGGCUUUUCCUGUGGAUGGCGGUUUCACGCAAAUGUGAAAUUCAAUGUAGACUUUUAUUUUAUGUUAAUAAUGACAUCUAGC